AUGGCUGCGCUCACGAUAAUUCUCGUGGCUCUGCAACUGGCCAGCCUUGUCUGCGGUAAACCGAACCUCGCGUUCCCGCUCAACGCACAGCUGCCUCUUGCAGCCCGACUAGACACAUUCUUUACUUACUCAUUCUCGCCACAAACGUUCACAUCAGCCUCCAACAUUACAUACUCGUUCGGUCAAAAUCACCCUUCUUGGCUUUCGAUCGAGAGUGCGAACCGCAGACUUUAUGGGACUCCCAAAGAUGGCGAUGUUGCCGACGGCGAGGUUGUUGGCCAAAAGGUCGACAUUGUGGCCACCGACGACAGCGGCUCGACUACCAUGGACUCGACUCUCGUCGUCUCGAGAAAGCCGGCGCCAGCUGUACAGAUUCCCCUAGAAGACCAAAUAAAGACGUUUGGAAACUUCUCGGCGCCCUCGUCGGUCCUGUCGUACCCGGCCACCGCGUUUCGGUACAGCUUCAACCAAGACACAUUCGGCAAGAACAGUGGCCUCAAUUACUACGCCGUCUCGUCCAACAACAGCCCGCUCCCUGCCUGGAUCAAAUUCGAUGCUGGAUCAAUGACCUUUUCUGGGAAAACGCCACCUUUUGAGUCCCUAGUUCAGCCGCCCCAGACCUUCGGGCUCAGCUUGGUCGCAUCCGACAUUGUUGGUUUCGCUGCCACCUCACUCACCUUCAACAUUGUCGUCGGCAGUCAUAGACUUACUACUGAGAACCCCAUUGUUACGCUCAAUGCCACAAGAGGAACUGCGGUUGACUAUGACGGCCUAGAAAAUGCCAUUGACCUGGAUGGCAAGCCGGUGAAAUCGAGCGAUCUCGAUGUCACUACCGAAGACAUGCCGAGGUGGCUUGACUACGACAAGGAUACCGGCAAGUUGAGUGGUACUCCUCGAGAUGGCGACCAUUCCAGCAACUUCACCAUCACUUAUAGCAACAAACUUUCCGCCACGUUGGACAUUCUGGUUGUUGUCAAUGUCGCCACCAGUCUCUUCAAGUCUACAUUUGAGAACAUGGAAGCUCGACCCGGCGGCAAAUUCGACAUUGACCUUAGUCAGUACUUUAGGGAUCCAGACGACAUCAAAUUGGACGUCAAUGUCAGUCCAACCGAGAAAUGGCUCAAUGUUGAUGGCUUCAAGCUUUCAGGAGACGUCCCAAAGGAUUCCUCGGGCAACUUUGACAUCACCGUCAAUGCCAGCUCCAAAUCUUCGAGCCUUUCCGAGAGCGAGAAACUUCAUGUCACCUUCUUGGCCCCGGAUGGUACGCCAACAAGCACUUCGGUGACAACGAGCAGCCCGAGCUCGACGACCACGUCCACAAAUAAAGCUUCCGAAUCGCCUUCGCCAGCAACUGGUGGCGGUCGACUCAGCACCGGCGAUAUUCUGCUCGCCACCAUUAUCCCGAUUUUGUUUAUCGCUCUUAUCCUCAUGCUCUUUGUCUGUUUUCUGCGACGCCGCAAGGCUAGCCGCAGUUACCUAUCAAGCAAGACUCGAUCAAAGGCCUCGAACCCCAUUGGCGGCUUACUCAACGGCUCCAGCUCUUCAAUGCGACGCGGCGAAAAGAUGACUGCUGUGCCAAACAAUGAGAAGCAUAUGCUGAAACCUACAGCGGCCGCCUAUAUGGAGGCGGUUCCUCGCGUCUCGACGGCGAGACGAUCGUCAGAAACCCUCGGCGGAAGCGAAAACUACGAGGCAAUGCCGGCGCGAUCGCCCAUCAGGAGGCAAGCAACCACGAUAAGAAGCAUCAGCUCUCACGGAAGCAACGAUGGAAGGCGUUCCUGGGAAACCGUCGAAGGAGAAGCUCCCUUUAUGAGUGGCGCCAAGUCGAUGCACAACGAAAAUGAUCCAUCUACGAGCCCAAGCAUCCCUGACUCUACACAUCAGGUGUUUCCCACCGGCAGCUAUAUCCAUGACAACGGCCCGAGUGGAUACAAAAAGGACAUGGAUGGCAUCACCAGGCUCAAGGACCCUUCGUCCAAGAAGGCCUCGCGCAUUGCUUAUUCAUCUAUAUACGGACGACGAGACCACAAUAGCAUCGACACCUAUUCCACCAAGACCACUAGUUCCGUCGCUCUCCCGAUCAAUGAGCGAGGCCGCAACCACAGACCAUCGGCGCCAACAAUCGCGGAAAGCGAGGGAUCAGAUCCGAACUGGGAAACCAUUACUGUCUCUGAUGUUAGCAACGCGGAUGUGCGCCAGCCGGAACAAGCCUACUUGUCUGGAGGCAACACUGCAGACCUCCACCCGUGGGCUGACGCCACCUCCAACGGUAGCAAAAGCUUCAUGACGGAGCCUUCGUUUGGCUCUGCAGAGAACUGGCGCGUCAUUAGCAAGCGCGACCCAACUACCAUGAGCUUCAAGGAAAUCGUCGACGAGGCUCCGUUCAACCCGCUGGCGGAGGAUCGCGAAGGAGCCAUGCCUGGCGAGCGCUCGAGCCCCAUGCCCGCGCCAAAAAGCAAAUGGGGCGAGGUCGGCGCGGAGAAGAAGGCAACGAUACACGAGAGCACGAGCGUCCUGUCCACAGCCGUGAGCGCGUGGCGAAAGGAAGAUUCAGGCAAGCUGUCUGAAGGCAGCAGCUUCAAAGUGUUCAUAUAA